UAUCCAAUUUAUUGGGACGGAGGGAGUAUUACUUUAAAUUAUAAAUUAUUGGAGUGCUGAAGCUCAUGUAACCAAUUUAUCUAUAAAUUUGAUAGAACGGUUACCUUGUAAAUCCAGAAUUGCAAAUGGCAAGUCAUUUUGUGCUAGUUCAUGGUGCUUGUCAUGGAAGUUGGUGCUGGUACAAGGUGGCAACCCUACUGAAGUCUGCAGGUCACAAGGUCACGGCCUUGGACCUUGGUGGUGCUGGCAUCAAUCCGAAACAGCGGCACCAGAUGACUACUUUAUCCGACCAGUUGGAACCACUGAUGGAGUUUCUGGCAGCGCUGCAGCCUGAAGAAAAGGUGAUCCUGGUUGGACAUAGCAUGGGAGGGAUUGCUAUUUCAGUUGCUGCAGAGAAGUUCACAAAGAGCAUUGCUGCAGUUGUUUAUGUCACUGCUUUCAUGCCCAAUCCAGCUAAUUUCAAUCUUCAUCAACUUUAUCAGCAGGUAUUCGAUCUGCAGCCAGACAAAAAUGGCAAACGCUUCGCAGAAGCUGGUGCGUUUCAAGACAGCAAAUUUAUGUUUGAGAAUGGACCAGAUUCGAGUUCAGUCCUCUUUGGCCCCAACUUUAUGAAAUGCGCCUUGUAUCAACUUUCUCCGCCAGAGGACUUGACUCUUGCAAUGUCAUUACUUAGGCCAUUUCCAAUCUUUAGAGAUGACUUGUCGCAAAAGGAGGCUGAACUUACGGACAGAAACUAUGGAUCCACUCGUCGAGUAUACAUUGUAUGCAAAGAAGACUUGAUAAUUACUGAGGAGACUCAGAAGGCAUCUAUUGCUAAUUAUCCACCACAGGAUGUGAAGGAGAUAAGUGGAGCCGAUCAUAUGGCCAUGUUUUCCAAGCCUCAAGAACUAGCCUCAGUUCUGCAGGCGGUUGCUCAGGAAAUGUAACAGAAUCAUAUCAUGAACAAGUAUUUGAAUAAGCAAGGAUUUAUAUGCCUUACAGCUAGGGUAUGUUUGUCCGACCAUUUUAGAUCAAAAUACGGAUUUAUUUCGGAGAAUUUUCAUAUUUAUAUUAUAUAUUUUAGAAUUAAUUAUUUA